GACGAGGCAACAGAGAACCAAGCCGAGUCCCCAAGUCUCAUACUGUAUUCGAGUGGUCAUCUAUCCUGUAUUGUACGGCAUCUGUCUGUAAUGAUAAUACAGGAUAUCCGUGGUGAAGUGUAUUAUUCUUUUUCGGUGGUAAAAACGAUAAUCGCAACUUGAUCGACCGAGCGAAGAAAGAUACAGGUCACGUAUCCUGUGACCAUAUAUUUAUUCCGAUUGCAACGUGUGUGUCUGAAGACUUGAGGAAAGCUUCUGGAAUACCUGAAAAAUAUUCAUAAAGGCCUCGAUCGGUGUGAUUAACAGUUAUUGAUGUACAAAAAAUCAGUGAGUGACCAGGAGAAUUUUCGAAAAUUUGAAAACCGAUGUGCGAGGAACUUGACAGUGAUCAGUUUUCCUAGUGUCAAAGUUCGUUUUUUAAACUCAUACACUGGCACAUUGAUGCACUCGAUCUAUUCAACAGAAGUUCAGAUCUGUUGCACCAGUUGCUUCUGUGAAACCUGUCCUAUUAACCCUCCGUGUGAACAAUUGUUACUUCAGAGCUUUUGUCUCUACAGUUUUUCGAAGAGUUCGAGGCUUUGAAGAAAUCGGAAAUAAUUCAGGGCUUCUUCUCAAAGUGUUAACUACGUUAUCCAAAAGUUGGCGGACUCAAAACUUUGGAAUUAUUGUUCGUGACGAUUGAUCUUCAGAGAACGACUGCUUCCUAAAAGACCUAGUGUUCACACGGAGGGUUCAUCAGGUUAACGGUACAUUGGAUUUUGUGCCUGAUCCGCAGCUGAAUUCUAAAAGAAUCUCUUCGUAUUGUCGAUAUUGUUGAUUCGAGGAUGGUGUUGGUGGUGAACGGGGUCCUACAGGAGGAGGCUCCGACGAACAGCAGGUCCUUGUACGCUGCUCAUCCGAUCUACAGGGAAACUGCUGCCCAGUUACAGGCUAUACCGCCUAAAUUGAUGGGUCCCGACGGCCUGCUCUACGUUCUUCAGAGAGAAAUGGCUGCCACGUUGCCGCACGACAAAAACGUGAGUAUCCUCGGAUCCGAUGAUGUGACCUCCUGCAUAAUCGUCGUAUUAAAACAUUCUGGAUCAGGCGCUGUGGCGUUGGCACAUCUCGAUGGAACUGGAACGGAGGAUGCAGCUGCUGCGAUGAUCCAAAAAGUGACUGAAUUGGCGAUAGGCUUUCUGGAGGGACGCUUGGAGCUUCAGCUUGUUGGCGGAUAUUCAGAUCCCAGGAAUUGCUCCGAGGAUAUUUUUUAUAACAUUCUCUGCGCCUUUCACAAGCAACCAGUCGAAGUUGACCUCACGCUUUGCUGCAUCGGCGAAGUCAACACCACAGUUAGAGGCGGUAUUCACUGGCCGGUUAUUUAUGGCAUUGGCGUUGACGUGAAAACUGGUGAAAUAUUUCCUGCCAAUUUUCCUGACAAGGGACCCGACCAGGCUCUCAGAAACGCGAGACAGCUUACCGGAGGACAACAGGUGUUGGACAUUUACGACUGUACUCUGGGUCUCCUGAGGAUUGGCCCAUUCAAUUACGACCCACUCAGAGGAGUUGACCUCUGGCUGGCCCAAACGGAUCAAUUCAUCCUACAGCAUUUAUCUAGUACACCUGAAGUUGAGCCGCCCCAUUUUGUUUCUGCGGUACGUACAACUCUAAAGUACAUACAGGACAAUCAGUUUCCAGCCGUAACGGUGUUCAGAGAUAAUAGGCCGCGUUACUACCGUCGUGAUGAGGUCCACGGUGGCUGGCAACCGAUGAGAUAUUGAAGAACUUUAUCCCUCCACCGAUCGAUACUAAUGUGUCUCAUCAACGCUGUAACCAACUUUACGUCCGGUACCCGGUGCCCUGCUCUUAGAGAGUUGAACUAAGAAAAGAAGCGUUAAAAAAAUAUUACAGUUGGAGAAUUUUAUCAAUCCAAUAAAGAGCUGAUCGAUGACGUACCACCUUAACCGAAACGGUUCAGUAAACUAAGAUAAAAGCAGAGUAGAAGGAACGGGUCGAUUUAUUAAUGUUCAUCUCGUAAAUAUGCCUCCUACGUAUGACUAGUGAACGAUAUAAUGUUUAGGUAGAUAUUAUGUAAGGUCAUUACCGAUACAGUACAAAGACCGUAAAACGUAAAACGUAAAAACAAGAAAAUGCCUGAAAGACUUAGCCGACAUUUCUAAGACCAUCGUACGAGUGAUUUUUUGGGCAAUUUUUCCAGUCUUCGUGCUGAAUUGGUUAUUAAUAAAUUACCUUUAAUUUCAAAACGGCGCAUAAAAAAUUUUUUUUUUACGUUAUAUUUUAUAUUUCAAAGUUACUGUACUAUUACACAUUAUAAUACUGUGAUGUUGAUCCAGAGUGUGUUAUUGGUCAAUACGUGAUUGUUAAGAGUUUUUUAUGCAUAUGUGUAUGUACCUAUGGGCGGUGAGAAAAAAAGUUUAUUUCUAUUGGAGGUCACGUAAGUUGUUGAUUCGUGAUGUAUAUUGUUUUUCUGUUCCUUUAUUCUAUUUUUUCUAUUUCUUAAUUAAAAAUUGUUAAAUAAUUUAAAAAUCGUAAUUAUAAUAAUGAUAUUGAUAAUACCUUGGGGCCAUAACGCAUUAUGCCAUGCCAUGUAAAACUAAAAGAAACAAAAGCAAAAAAAAAAAAAAAAAGGAACCGC